AUGAGCUCAAUCGGAGCAAGUCAGAGGAUUUUUCAACUCAAAUUCGAUCCUUUAUCUGGCAACUCAGAAUGGGUUGUCAUUGAAGAAAUUGAAGCCCCAGAGGAAAAACAGGAACCCCUAUUGGCCACAACCUCGUACCUUGACAUGCUCAAUGAUUCACGUAGAAAUAGAGCAUAUCGUGAAGCCAUUAAUAAGACCAUAACUCGGCCUUGCCAUGUUCUUGAUAUUGGUGCAGGGACUGGUUUGUUGUCAAUGAUGGCAGCUAGAGCUAUGGGUCUUCAAGAGUCAACUACGAGUUGUAGUUCAAAGGCGAAGGUUUCAGCAUGUGAAUCAUACCUUCCCAUGUUUAAGUUGAUGCGUAAAGUAUUACGGGCCAAUGGACUGGAGAAAAAGAUACAUGUCAUCAACAAAAGGUCCGAUGAAUUAAAAGUUGGUGAGGAUAUUAGUUCACGCGCAGAUGUUCUUGUCAGUGAAAUUCUCGACUCGGAGUUGUUAGGCGAAGGUCUCAUUCCUACUUUGCAGCAUGCUCAUGACAAUCUCUUGGUUGAAAAUCCACAAACGGUGCCAUAUCGGGCUACAACUUACGGUCAGCUUGUUGAAAGCCCAAAUUUAUGGAAGCUUCAUGACCUGUUUAAUAAUGAAGCAAAAAUCUUGGAUGGCGUUUAUCUUGCUCCAAAAGGGGUGGAUUCAAUAUUGCAUAUUAAACAGCAGCAGUUUUCAAUGCACUGUGAUGCAAUGAAAGACGAAAUCAAACUGCUUUCAGAACCAUUCAGAGUUUUUGAUUUUGAAUUCUGGAAAAGACCAGAGAGUCAUGAGGAAACUGAGGUCCAUAUAGAAGCUACCAAUGAUGGUACAAUUCAUGCCAUCGUCUCAUGGUGGUUGCUUCAACUCGAUGAAGAAGGAACAAUUUUUUAUUGCACUGGGCCAAAAUGGAUUAGCCAAUCAUCCUCUUCAUCUGAAUCAAAAUUAUUGUUUCCUGGAACGGGGGAUUGGUGUGAUCACUGGAAACAAUGUGUUUGGUUCUUACCAGAGCAAGGCUUGCCUGUGUGCAAGAAUCAGAGUAUUGAUUUGGCUGCUACUCAUACUGAAACUUCUGUCUCGUACAAAGUUAAGAUUCCAUCAAAGAAAAAAGACACUGACCUCUGUGACUGGUCUUCAUCGGAUAAUCAAAUUUUUCUACCACCAGAGCGAAUUGCAGUAUACGGUGAUAGAAGGUGGCGUUUGUCAAUGCUUAAUGCGAUCAAGAAUUCUUUGCAGCAGAAAGUUGCUCCCAUGUGCAUGGUUGUCGAUGACAGUCUUUUUCUCCCAGUUGCUGUUGCCAAUCUUUAUAAGUCAUCCCAUGUAAUAGCUUUGUUCCCUGGAUUGCGACAGAAGGGUGCUCACCAUUUGCAAGCUAUUGCUUCUGCAAAUUCUUACACAGUGGAUCAUAUAGAAGUGCCGCAAACAAGGAAGCAGCAGUUAACUUUGCAGGAUACGCAUCAGAGAAGGAUUGAUCUACUGUUGGGAGAACCAUUCUAUUAUGGAACUGAGAAUAUGCUCCCAUGGCAGAAUCUGCGAUUUUGGAAGGAACGAACAUUGCUUGAUCCUAUCCUUUCUGAAAAUGCGAUGACUAUACCUAGGAAAGGAAUGUUAAGGGCCUGUGCAAUGUUUCUUCCUGAUCUGUGGAGAAGUCGUUGUUGCCUGCAUGACAUUGAGGGAUUUGAUCACGCAGUCGUGAACUCAACAUUAGGGGCAUGUGGAGAUUUGCCGGCAAAUGAAGAAGCUCCUUUCUUACCGUUUUCUAUAUGGCAAUGUGGGGAAACCAAGAGACUCAGCAACAUUGUGUCCAUCAUGGAUUUUGAUUUCUCGAAACCAAUCAGUCCAUGUUCUGGAACAGCCCAGGUUAAGUUUGAAGAAUCUGGAAUUUGCCAUGGAUUUGUACUGUGGAUUGAUUGGUUGCUGGAUUCUUCCACUGAGAUAUCAACUGGACCUGAUGAAAGAUACUGGAAGCAAGCAGUGAAACUGUUGAAGGAGCCUAUAGCAGUUGGAAAACAAGCUACAGGCCAUGGUGGUUAUCACUCCACUGAACUCGAAGCAUCAUUUGAUCCCUCGAGUGGUGAUCUCAGUAUUAAGCACGCAUUUUCAUAA